GUAGGUCUCUCUCUCUCUCCAUCGUGCUCAGCGUGUGGGCAUGUACUGUAGUCUCUCACUCUCCAGCUAACUACAGAAGCGUCUGGAAACCUGAGCUCCGCUGCUCCCCUUGAAUCACCGAUCACAAUGUUAGACCAUUGCUGCUUCCUGGCGCUGGUAACAGUUCUGGGAGUUUUGGAACAAGCUUAUUUCUCGCUCCAGGUCAUCUACGCGAGGAGGAAGUUCCACAUCUCUCCACCCCGAACCAGCGGCAACGAGGACUUCGAGAGGGUUUACCGAGCACAAACCAAUUGCACUGAGUAUUUCCCAAUGUUCCUGAGCAUUCUGUGGAUUGCUGGACUCUUCUGCAGCCAGGCGAUGGCGGUAUGUGUUGGAAUCCUGUACCUGUACAGCAGGUACAAAUAUUUCAAAGGCUAUGCUGAAUCAGCCCAGAACAGGUUGCCCCCGAUGUACUUCAGCGCAAAGAUGCUCUGGAUUCUGGUGGCCAUGGCUUCAGCUGGUGUCCUGAACCAGCUGUCUUCCCAAUACUUGGGCUACAAUCCUGGAGCAAAGGCAAAGUCUCUCCUGGGUUUCUGAGUAGCAUCCGGGCCAUCUCUUUGUCAGCUGCUGGUGAUCACUUCACGCACCCAGCAAUAUGGCGAUUCCUCUGGAGAUUCGUGCUUCUGUUUCAGGCUGAAGAUGAUGAGGCGGACUCUCCAAAUGUUAACGGGACUGAUUGAUCCAACCUUGGACUUGUGUUGUCUCCUCUUUGACCAAGAAACUGUCCAGGCAUACAGUGCCCUCCAUAAUGUUUGGGACAAAGACCCAUCAUUUAUUUAUUUGCCUCUGUACUCCACACUUUGAGAUUUGUAAUAGAAAAAAAAAUCACAUGUGGUUAAAGUGCACAUUG